AUGCACUUGGUUCUUGGUAAUGAUGGUAAGGUUCGUGGAGCUAAAGUCGCUGAGAGAGGUAAGAAACCAACAACGCUUCGACGUCCUAUACAAAAGCUGUACCCAAUUGAAAUCGGUAAUCAGGACAUAACCCAACAGAAAGCAGACAUGGGCUCAACAACAAUCCAACCUCAGAAAGAAGAGUCUAUAACUCAGAGACCUCGACGUGCAGCAGCAAUCAAGGCUACAGAGAAACGAAGAGAAUUGAUACGAAACGAACAGUUAUAA